AUGACUCUCAUUCAUGGAGCAACCCUGAAAGACUACAAGAAAAAGAAUCUUCUCUCGAACAAAGCAUACAAAAAGCUUGACAAAGAUCCAACUAAUACAAUUGCACAGAAUACCAAGAUCCUAGUGGAAAAAAGCAACAUUCCCAGUGAAAUCAACAUAAAAAGAUCCUACAAAUCCUGUCCCACCAAGUACACUACCAAGACCAAAAGUACACAAAUCAAACAUUCCCCUCAGACCGAUUGUCAGCGCCAUACACUUCCCGACAUACAACUUAUCCCGCUUCCUAGCACAAACACUACAACCCCUGAAAAAUACGAAUCACACAUAACUGACUCAACGGACUUCAUACAAAAGAUCCAACAAAUUCAACUACGUCCCACAGACCUGCUUGUAAGUUUUGACGUAGAAUCCCUUUUCACACAAGUCCCAAUAAAAGACACAUUAAACAUAAUAAAGGCCUUAUAUGACGUGACUUCAUCCUCCGACUUCAUCCCGCUAAUAAAGCACUGCUUAACAACCACUUACUUCUCCUAUAACAACCAAUUUUAUGAACAAACUUCAGGAGCGGCAAUGGGCUCUCCUAUUUCUGUAAUUGCCAACAUCUUCAUGGAACAUUUUGAGAAAGAGGCCCUCAGAAAAACAUUCAAAAAAUUCGAAGUUUGGUUCCGUUAUGUAGACGACACAUUCGUGAUAUGGAGACACGGCAGAGCCGAACUUCGUAAAUUCCUUACUUUCCUCAACAAUUAA